AUGUUGAGCUUCCAUCAUCACGUGGUGCCAAAAUAUGCAACCACAGGUAAGGAUACGCCUUGUGAAUUCUAAUUACGUUUCGACAUGCCGCUCCUCAAGUUGAAAAAAGGAUCAGGGUAGCUUGUCACGUUGGCCACAGUCACAAGGCGGGACCGUAUGUUCGCAGGGAAGGAGCGUCUAAUUAUAAACAGGUUAGUUUAAUCCUACCAACAGCGCAGCAGAAACGAUACCUUUUCUAACUAACCAUACUUCAGAUCACCCAGAGGAGGAACGUCUUAACCAGACGAAGGGUCGCUUUUAUCUCCGUUCAGCGGACGCCUUUGUGGAUGCUUGUGCGACGGUGUGCUUCCCGCUCAAUCCACAUACUCAAAAACACGAGUUUCUCCAAAUGGCUCCUCAAACACCCGCUUUUGAGCGGAUCACCGUUUUAUUUUACACAUCUGCUUUUUAUCUUUGUAAAGAAACGUACUUAUGCCUAUUCAUGCUUGAUCUGCAUUCACCCUGUAGUCAUCGCAGGCAGUCAUACGUGACCUACUAGUAUAGACGGAAGGGGGGGGGGAGCUGUCGGUAAUGUCAAGCUAAACCCCAAAGUACCGUUUCUGUCAUAUUAGGACUCGUAAGCGACUAAGGAUUUCCUUACAAGGGAUUCCAAUUGAACUACAUCGGUCGCCAAGAUUGGCUAGAAAAGGCGCUGCUGGCUUCCUUGACUUGGUAGUCAGCCUAGCACUCGGUGUUCUACGCAUUCAUAUACGGGGAAACGUCCGAUAACAUUGAAUAGGUCGUUCUGAAGUACAAGCUGCCUCCAUUCACUGAGGCAUACAAGUACCACGAAGCGAUGAAGCGCAUAGAACCCAUUCUCGAGAAACUAAAGAGAUGUGGCCGAAGGCGCUUUAGUGGACUGCUUCGUAAAUUGGACGCUUUCGCCGACGAAAUCGCAAACGGCGGGACUUCUGAUUCCCCCGACCAGUCGUUGCCUUAUACCGUGGAGGCGAACGAAGACGAAGAGGACGUGGGCGUGGUUGCGCGAUGUGUUAGGAGGCGGGAGGGCGUCAUUUUGUGCGCACACUCAUGGGCCGGGCAUCAGUAGCCCGUUUUAUUGCUACACAAUGACAGGCCGCCCCCUAACUUCCACGUCCGGGGUCGACCACGUGUGAAGCCGCCGACAAUAAGGCCGUUUACAGCCAGACGUGGUCCAGAUUACACUGCUGUUAACCCCCCUAGUGGAUCUACGUUUGGAUCGGGCAGUUUGUCUGACCAGGAAAACAUUCCGUGGUGUGGCAGCCGAAAACGUGGAAUGGGUCGUUCAGAAAUUUAUGGAACUUAUGGACCCUGUCACGAAGGAAAUACGGACGGUUUUUAUUUACAAGGGUGCCUCAGAAAUACGAGCGUGAAGACAUAUUUUUACAGAAGUUGUGAUUACUGAUCCCUGCCACCAAGGGUUCUACUGGCGUCUGUGUAACAGGGGUCAGUAUAUCGGGCAUUCUGUGUGUUUUCGUGACCUUAACAUGCUCGACCGACGACCAAUUGAAUUCCGUUCUGUACGGAUGUGGUCAAAAUAGCGGGCCCUCGCGGUUUAUUGCUGAUCUGAACGUGCUCAACCGCACGUCUAAUUGCACUACUGGCCUCUGCGUCUCAGUAAUCAUGAAAAGGUAUACACGAUCGCUGAGACAAGAGCUUUAUUUGAAUAAAGCUCUUGUCGGACGUUUCUGAUUGCUGCAGGCAUUUAGUGAGAGUUAGUUAUCUGGACGUGCUAAACCCCCCGACCAAGGCAACCACUGUCUUCCGUGACCCAACAGACAGUCUAGCAAGUAUUCGGUGGGAGUUAGUGAGUUAAGCCUGUUCAACCACCCGAUCAGUGGUACCACAGCCAGCCGUGACCCAACAGACUGUCUAGCAAUCAUUCAGUGCGAGUUGGUGAGCUGAGUGUGUUCGACCACCGGAGCAGAGGUACCACAGCCUGCAGGGACCCAACAGACAGUCUGGCAUGCAUUCAGUGCGGGUUGGUGAGCUGAGUGUGUUCAACCUCCCGACCAGUGGUACCACUGUGCUCAGUGACCCAGCAGACAGUCUAGCAAGCAUUCAGUGCGAGUUGGUGAGCUGAGUGUGUUCAACCUCCCGACCAGUGGUACCACUGUGCUCAGUGACCCAGCAGACAGUCUAGCAAGCAUUCAGUGCGAGUAAGUGAGCUGAGCGUACGCAAGACCUCCAACGUCCGGUUACCGAUAUGGUUAUGCAGCAUGUACACCGACCUUGUCGGACGUUUCAGUAAGUAUUGCCAUUUGUCGCGGCGCUAAGCAACGUUCAAGUCAGUAACACACCCAGAAUGCCUUCUGGAAUGAGAACUUAGUCAAUAGAAGCGAAGAGACGAGCCGCAGGAAGCAGUUGUGAAAAAGGAGACACGAUCGUUGGGACAAGAGCUUUUUUUGUCUGACGUUUCGCAUUUCCGCUCGGACCAAUCAUCAGAGACGAAGGCCGAUACAGGUGGUCCGUGCACAGGGGCUGUAGUAUUUGUAGGAUGCAUUCGCCAUGCCACCGCAUACCUAUGAAUAUUCACGGCUCUCCCCCUUCAUCAGAGAUCAUUGCACUUGGUGUGCUGACCGUUUAAUGGACGACAUUUGUGUCGUUAAUUGCUGCAAUUUCAUCACGUGUACGGAAGGGGAAGGUCGUUGCACUUGUUAGUCGACUGAGGACCAGUGAAGCAUGGCUCAAGCUUUGUACGCAACUGCAUCAGAUUCGAUAAACGACUGCAGACGUUUCUUGCCGUGGCAGUGGGUCUUUCGGCUUCAUUACCUGACGCCUGAUGGUUGCUUCCGGUCUGUGUGCAACUCGACCCCAAGUGGCGCGAGAAGGCUGCCGACAACUUCCGAAACGUUCUUGACAUAUGGAAGCACUCGCCAAACUUUGGUGCCCGGGAGGUUAGGCCUUUAGUCCCUUUUGCGUAUGCACCGGUUGACGAAUUUGCGCGGGUAGCCAUUGACUUUGAAGACCCGUUGGAGGUAUUCUAGUUCGGCAAUCUUGCCUUCCGGCUCACUGCAGUGCCUUUCGACACGCCUAUAGAGCGUCCUUACACAACUGAGUUUGUAGCUGAUUCGGUGGUUAGUGUUGAAGUUCAGUACUUGCAUCCUACUUGUCGUUCUCCUUAACACUUUGGUCUUUAGGCCACCACAAUGUUUGCGGCAUACGCGUACAUCCAGGAAGGCCAGCUGGUUGUUCUGACUGUUGGGCCACUUCUGUCUGUAAUACCACUGCUCGGGUGGUUGAACACGCUCAGCUCACCAACUAGGACUGAAUGCCUCUCAGACGGUAUGUUGUGUCACUGCUGGCUGUAGUAACACUGGUCGGGUGGUUGACCACGCUCAGCUCACCAGGUCGCACUGAAUGCAUGCCAGACUGUCUGUUGGGCCACUGCUGGCCUUAGUACCACUGGUCGGGUGAUCGAACACGCUGAGUUCACCAGGUCGCUCUGAAUGCCUGCCAGACUGUCUGUUGGGUCACUGCCGGCUGUAGUUCAACUGGUCGGAUGGUUGAGCACGCUCAACUCACCAACUAGCACGUAAUGUAUGCCAGAGAGACAGUUGGGCCACUGCUGGCUGUAGUACCACUAGUCGGAUGGUUGACCAUGCUUAGCUCACUAACGCGCACUGAGUGCAAGCCAGGCUGUCUGCGGGGUCUCUCAACACUGUGGUAACACUGGCAGGGCGUUUAACCAUGCUUAGCUCACCUACUCGCACUGAGUGCAAACCAGACAGUCUGUUGGGUCACUGCUGGCUGUAGUACCACUGGUCGGGUGGUUGAACAAGAUUAGCUCACCGAAAAGCACUGAAUGCAUGCCAGACAGACUGUUGGAACGCUACUGGCUGUAGUACCACUGGUCGGGUGGUUGAACAAGCUCAGCUCACCAACUCGCUAUGAGUGUAUGCCAGACUAACUGUUGGGCCACUUAUGUCUGUAAUACCACUGGUCGUUUGGUUGACCACACUCAGCCCAUCAACUAGACCUGAAUGCAUGCCAGACGACUGUUAUGUCACUGCUGGCUGUAAUACCACUGGUCGGGUGGUUGAACAAUCUCAACUCGCAAACUAGCACGUAAUGUAUGCCAGAAUGACUGUUGGGCUCGGAUAGUUGAAAACGCUCAGCUCACCGACUAGAACUGAAUGCCUGUCAGACUGUCUGUGGGGUCUCUGAGCACAGUGGGUCCACUCGUCGGGUGGAUAACGAUGCCUAGCCCACCAAUUCGAACUGAGUGGAAGCCAGACAGUCUGUUGUUUCACUACUGGCUGUUAUACCACUUGUAGGUUGGUUGAAAUACCGCAGCUCACCGACAAUCACUGA